AUGGCGUCUUCUCUGACUGUUGCAUCCGGGGCAAGAUUUAGAUGUCGGAGGUUGAAGGACUUGGAUGGUUGUGUUUUACGAGAGAAGUUUGUAUUGGAGGGAAUUGGAAUUCUUCUGGGUGGAAUUUCCGAGGAUAGUUUCGUAACAGAACGUGAUAGUGGCGGUAAUACUGUUAGUAGUGGUUUACGCGCUGAUAAUGACAGAGAUAAUCCACAGAAACAAAGUGCUGCUCUGCUUGGUGGCGGAGUUUGGGGCUGGGAACUGCUUCAGCUCUUAAAUAUGAUGUUAAUGGUGGCACUGCUGGCAGACUCGGGAUUCUUCGACUGGACAGCGGUGAAAAUGUACGAGCUGUCCAAAGGAAGGAUCUGGGUGUUACUUACCCUUCUAAAUGUGUGCACUGCUGUCAUGUCCGGAUUCUUAGAUAACGUAACCACCAUCCUUUUGAUAACACCCAUAACUAUCACGUUGUGUCAGGUGAUGCAUCUUGAUGUCAAGAAGGUGAUUCUAGCGAUGGUGAUGUUUUCAAAUCUCGGAGGAGCUUCUACCGGUAUAGGUGAUCCUCCCAACGUUCUUAUCAUCAACUCUCCACUCCUUAAUAGUAAGAUAACAUUCGGGAAGUUUACUGGCCACAUGAUGGUUGGUUCUAUUCUCUGUUCAGUGGCUGCUUACAUUUACUUUUGGUUGAUGUUGAAAAGGACCGCUAAGAGUCUAAUCGUGCAAGAUAAUGAUGUUCAGGAACUUCUGAGGGAGGCUAAACUUUGGCAGAGAAUAGCGGACCGGAGUUACAUCGGAACGACGGAUGAAGUGGCUGUGAAGGAAAUGUUAGCGGGUAAAGCUGCACAGGUGACACGUCUUGCGGAGGAGAGAGUCAUGACACCACAAGAGGUGACCAAGACUUACAACGUUAACCUGCCUAAACUUAGAGCUCAAUACGGUAUCAGAGAUAAGGGGAAACUUGUCAAAACAGCAACUGUACUGAUAGUGUGCAUCUUGCUGUUCUUCGUGUACUCCCUGCCUAUAAUACAUACUACGCCCGGAGAGGUCGCUAUGGCUGGUGCCAUUGCGCUCAUCAUCGUCAUAGAUCACCACGACAUGGAAGGUCUGCUACACAAAGUAGAAUGGACUACUCUUAUGUUCUUUGCUGGACUUUUCAUUUUAGUGGAGUGUCUUGAGAAACUUGGGCUCAUAGGUACCCUCGGAGAGUUUGCAGCGACGACCAUAAAAUCAAUCUCACCUGACUACCAACUAGCUGCUGCUAUCUCAAUCAUCCUCUGGAUGGCAGCCAUCAUCUCAGCUUUCAUCGAUAACAUCCCCUUUACCGCCGCUAUAAUCCCCGUAAUCUCACAAAUCGUUACAGAGACUGGUUUACCUUUAGAGCCGCUGGUUUAUGCUUUAGCGUUUGGGGCAUGUCUCGGGGGAAAUGGAACACUCAUUGGAGCUUCUGCUAAUAUUGUAGCUGUGGGCAUAGCGGAGGAGAAGGGGUACAAAAUAUCGUUUUUCGAUUUUAUGAAGUUAGGAUUGCCCGUUAUGUUUGUGACGGUUACUGUUGCCCAUAUAUACCUGCUUGUUUGUCAUUGCUGGUUUGGGUGGGGUAAUGGAUGAGCAUUAUCAUGUUAAACUUUUAGAUAAACUUCAAAUGCUAUUAAAUUUCAAAUAACGAUCGCCGCAAACGGAUGGACGACCAUCGGUUCUGUUUUCGCUGGCGAAUGUUUUACAGUUUAUUUCAUGAAACUAAUCACAAUAUUCUUCAGCUUUUUUGUUUAAAAUAUAAUUUGUUAUAACAUGACAACUGUCAUUUUUAUUCUAACGAAAUAAACAGUCUGUUUUUGUAAAAGAGAUUAGAAAUUGAACCUCAAUUGUGGCAGAUUGCUUUGGUGAUUUUUCCAAGAUAUCUAUGUUAAAUUUUCAUUAGUAUCUAAUUCGUAACUAGUCGGUAAGUUAAUCCUGAACAAUUUUCUUUAUCUUAUUAUUACUUUUACAGACAGUAAUAGUAUUAAGUACUAAUAAUGAAUAAGACAUACUUAUAGAAAACCCAUUCAAUUUUAGUUUUACCCCCGUACCCACUACCCAUGUUGAUGGGAAACUAAGGCUGUCGGGGUAAAACUAAACGUACUGUCAUGCGACACGUAGUACGAAACCUGAAGUUCGAAAAGACCUCCCUCUUUCGCACUAGAGUUCGUGUCGCACUACAGUCCAGGUAGCGUACUGUAGUGCGACACCAGAUCCUGUCAUAUUUCCAAGCUCAGGUCGGUUCCUAUCCUUCUAAUGGACCAUUAAGUGAUUCGUCGGGUCGGUUCACGACAAGUAUGUCGAAGUGAUCCACUGAGUCAGUGAGUCAGCAGGUGAUCCUAUCACACGCAAUCUCUGAUUGGGAUAACAAGUUCAUAUGCUUGGGCCAUAUAUGACUACCGGAGCAUCGACAAUCGAGCAACAUGACCUCCACAGUCACCAUCAUUCCUGGACGUACUUCUUGUUCAAGAAACGUUAUUGUGUUGCAAUUGUGAAAUAUGUUAUUGAUUUGAUUAUCUAAAUUAAUCAUAUUUU